AUGAUGCUUGGGGAUUUUGGGAUUGAGAAAAAUAUACCGCCCUAUUUUAAUUUUUUUAUUUAUUUUUUAUUAUGUGUUGUAUGAUGCAUAUUGAGUUUUUAAUCGAUCAUAAUGAUUUGUACAUAUGGAAAUAAAUUAGUUACAUGAAUAUGUAUUUUUUUUUAUUAGGAUACGUAUUAUAAUCGUAUUAAUUUGUAAUUUUUUUUUCUUCGGCAAAAAUCAUAAUUAGGUCACGGCGGUUCAUGUAUUCCUUGAGGGCAAUCGUGCUGCUGAUUGGCUCGCCAAUCGUGGAGUGGCUCAAUCGGAUAAUCUUCUUAUUCUAGGUAGUGCUCCUUUGGAACUUUGUAGGAUUCAUAGCGAGGACGUACAAAGUGUGGCGGGGUAGUUAGUUAUUGAUCCUCUAUUACUGAAAUACUGAGUACAGGGCAUAUUACAAAUUCUUUCCUUACGCCCAUAGUUAACCCAAAAAUAUAAAUUUGGAAUCAAAAUUUAAUUUGUAGAGCAAGACAGAGAUUGCUAGAAGUAGUAAUCCAGGGUUUUCUAUUCGAUUCUUGUUACAACAAUUCUCUGCAAUUUUCAAAGAAUCUCUCAAAAUGGCUAUUCUUCUGAACCCCUUACGAAAACCCCAUCAAUUUCUUCAUCUCCACCCUUAUAAACCCCCCUUACCCAGUUCACCUACAAUGCUGCAAUUCUUCUUUAUUCUCAUCUUUCAGAAAUUCUUCAAAGUUUGAAUCGAAAUGGCUGUCCCUAAAGUAGACAAGAAAUUGCUGGAACAAUUGGAAGAAAUGGGGUUUUCAUUAGCUCGAUCAAUUCGGUCACUUCAUUAUUCUGGAAAUACUAGUCUGGAAGAUGCUAUGAAUUGGAUAGUUGAGCAUGAAAAUGACUCAGAUAUAGAUGAGAUUCCUUUGGUACCUAUGGAUAUUAAUUUGGAUGCAACCAAACCAUUUCCUAUCACAGAAGAAGUGAAGAUCAAGGCACAAAAUCUGAGGAUUGGAGCCAACCAAUUGAGCAAAAGAAAAGAGAAGGAGCUGGAAAGGGAAGGAGAAAAGGAGAGGAUUCAAGCUGGGAAGAGAAUCAUGGAAGCAAAGAAAACUGCUGAAGAAAAUGCAAGAAAAAGAAUGAUUGCUUUACGUGAAGCAGAAAAAGAGGAGGAAAGUAAGGCAAGGGAGAAGAUACGCCAAAAGUUUGAAGCAGAUAAGGCAGAAAGACGGUCAAGGCUAGGGAUAUCACCUGCAGCUACUUCAUCAGUACAAUCGGCAUCGACGGCAAGUCAUAUGGUACUGAAAAAAGCCACAGAGCCUGUUACAUCUACUAAAAAGGUGGAGCUUCUGUGUGACUGUUUAAGAAGUCUAAGGCGCUACCAUAAGGAUGAAGAUGCUAGAGUAAAGAAGGCUUUCCAAAUUCUCCCAAUAUACAUUAGAAAUGUCGUGAAGAAUCCUGAUGUAGAAAAAUACAGGAAGAUACGGCUCAGUAACCCAAUUUUCCAGGAAAGUGUUGGCAGUCUGAUUGGAGGUGUCAGAUUUCUGGAACUCUGUGGGUUUGAGAGAACCAAUAGGGGGCAGUUCUUGUAUCUUCCUCGGGAGAAGGUUGACAUGGUGACACUAAAUUCAGCCUUGUCUGCAUUGCAUUCCGCAAUAACAAAUCCCUUUUUCGGACUACUCUCUGUUGAUAGUGUUGAACUGCCUUAAGUGCAUCGACGAGGAUAUCUAAGCAGACAAAAGCUUGACUCAGAGCACUAGAUUGGAUCAUUGUGGCAUAGUAUCAACUAUCAAGUGUGUGAUCAAGUGUAAUAUAGUUCAGGAGUUAUGUUACAUGUUUGUCCAUGUCUGUUUCUAGAAGCUUGGAAAGAGAGGCUUCGGUGCUUAGCUUUGUUGUGCAUGCAGAAACCUUUCAUCACUUCUAAAUUAUUUGGCAGUCAAUACCCACAUAUCAGUUUGUAAUAUAUUUCCUUCUUACAUUAGAUCAUACUCUAUACAAGAAUGUGUCAUCAGUUGACUACUUGUAUUUCAUGACUUACAUCUAUUUAUCAAAAUGAAACAUUAAUGUACGAGAACUUCACUAA